UGGCUAUUUGGCUCACGUGUAUCAAACAAAACACAGACGGUCGGAAUUUGCCGUGCGGAUGACAUGUCGGUAGUUUAGCGUCCGUGCUUUCUGCAAAGGUGUCCAGUAGUUACAACAGCACUUCACCCUGGAGUAAUAAGGCACCAAACACGCUUUAUUGAACAUCCGUAAAGGUCAAGUGAAUGCCAUCUGUGAGACAUGGCGGAGGGAGGCUUCGACCCCUGUGAGUGCAUCUGCUCUCAUGAGUAUGCUAUGAGGCGACUCAUCAACCUGCUCAGGCAAUCUCAGUCCUACUGCACAGACACAGAGUGCCUUCAGGAAAUGCCAGGUCCCAGUGGGACAUUGGGGGGAGGAGGGGACCUGACCCUCCCCAUGGUCCUGAUGGGAUGGAUGGUUCUGGCUUUGCUCCUCUUCCUGCUCCGCCCAGCCAGCCUCAGAGGUCGUCGUCCCACAGGCAAACCCACUGGACCCCACAGCAGCGAUGGCAGAGAACCCCCAGCACCACCUAUUGACUAGCAGUGGAGCCAUAGAGCCAGUACAGACUGGAGCUACACGGUUAGCUAGUUACUGUGACCAGGACUUUGCCAACUCCUCGUCAACCUUCAUUCAACCACAACUAUCUCUUUUUGCUUUUUUCCCCCUCUUCUUAAACCUGGUAAUUGAUUUUCUUUUUGUUACUCUGUUGGUCAGAUCUGCCAGUGGCUCUUUUUACUCUUGUUCGAUUUGUUAACCAGAACGUUUGGUGUCACUCUGAGUCAGCCUCGGCCCCCUCCACCCCUCCAAACUCUGGUGCAGAUUGGUCUGCUGAAAUUUGGACAUGAAGUCAAAAUGAAGGAAUGCGUCACAUGAGUAAAGGGAGAAGGGAGGGGUGGCCAUAAAUUCCCUUUUGGACUGUUAAAAUGUUAUUCGAGUGCUUACUGAGUGAUCCAGGGUGGGGGGGUUCUUAAGAAUCUCACAGACAUUCCACUUUUGUCCUCUUUAAUGUCACAACUCUGAACAGUGCCAGUAAUGAUGUCAUAUCACAUUAUAUCGUAACUGCAUAUUUAUACAAGGGCCUUAACAGAAUGGUAAAAUUUAUAAAAUUGAAAAGGUUAGCCAUAAUGCUGGAAUUAGUGUUUACAGGCCGGCUCCAAUUAGAUUAAGUAUUUAUCCCAGUAAGAAAGUAGUCAGGUCUAUUGUAUAAUUGAUUUAUAUUUCCAAGAAAAUCGGUCACUUUCAAAUAUUGGUUGGAUUGGGGCCAGUUUGAUCACUACUAUUGUUGAAGCAUUUAAGAAGGCAGUUAAUUUGCAAUAAGUAAAAUAGUUGUUAUGCCACAUGUUUAAAAAAAAAAAAAAAAAAGAAGAAGAAAAAGAAAAAAAAAGUUGCACAAAGCAGGAAUACUAAUUCAUCAUCUUGGCCUCUUGAGAAGUACAA